GCCCUCACCGGCCACUGACGCAAGGCCAGGCGGCGCGAAGGCCGGGGGCGCCAGUGGUCUGGGGGCCGUGCAGCUCCAGAGCCUGCCCCGGACACCCCCACACCCCAUGGUAGCAGCCGGGACACAAACAAAGGCGGGCGGCGAAUAAAAGGCGGCGGCGGCGCGGAGUGCUUGGGUUGCGCGCUGGAGACCAGGAUCUGCACCUGGCUGUACGCGGUCUGUGCUCUCUGGAGUGGAGCGGGAAACCCCGGCCUCCUGCAGCCCCGAAGAGCUUCUCACUGAGACUUCCGCGAGGCGACAAGUCCUCCCGGUGGGGUGGCCGCAGCCCCCAGCCCCUCCCGUGCGCCUUCUUCCAGCGCCCGCGGCUCAGCCAGCUCAGCUUGGCCAGCCGAGGCUAUGGACUCGGAGGAUGACCCUUUGCUGCAGGAUGUGUGGCUAGAGGAGGAGCAGGAAGAGGAGGAGGAAGCAACAGAUGAGGCCUUGAGGAGGGGUCAGAAGCCAGGGCCGCAAGCUGGGGAAGCAGGGCAGUGUUGCUGGCGGCGUUGGACCUUGCCUUCCCGGCCCCCGGCCUCGGGCUUCUGGAGUACCCUGGGCUGGGCUUUCACAAACCCGUGCUGUGCAGGGCUGGUGCUCUUCCUGGGCUGCAGCAUCCCCAUGGCCCUGUCAGCCUUCAUGUUCCUCUACUACCCGCCGCUGGACAUUGACAUCUCCUACAACGCCUUUGAGAUCCGCAACCACGAGGCCUCCCAGCGCUUUGACGCCCUGGCGCUGGCGCUCAAGUCCCAGUUUGGGUCCUGGGGGCGCAACCGGCGCGACUUGGCCGACUUCACUUCUGAGACGCUCCAGCGCCUUAUCUCAGAGCAGUUGCAGCAGCUGCAUCUGGGAAACCGCUCCCGGCCGGCCCCCAGGCCCCCACGGGCAGUCCUUGCGGCCCCAAGGAGCCACCGCCCAGGCCUGUCCCGGAACACUUCUGCCAACCAGAAGCCAGAAGCCAAUCGGAGUGGGCGUCUUCGGCGCGAGGCCCCACCCCCGGCGGAUCUGGCAGCCAACCAGAGUGAAGGCCCAAUGAACCAGAGGCUGGAGAAGAAUGGGCAGUGCAAACCCAGCGCCCCGCCCCCUGCUGUGGCUGCGGCCAAUCAGAGCCGAGCCCGCCGAGGUGCCUCACGCUGGGACUACUCCCGCUCCUAUGUGAGCGCCAACACCCAGACGCAUGCGCACUGGCGCAUCGAGCUCAUUUUCCUGGCCCGCGGCGACGCAGAGCGAAACAUUUUCACCAGUGAGCGGCUGGUCACAAUCCACGAGAUUGAGCGCAAGAUCAUGGACCACCCGGGCUUCCGGGAGUUCUGCUGGAAGCCCCAUGAGGUGCUCAAAGACCUUCCACUAGGGUCCUACUCCUACUGCUCCCCACCCAGCUCGCUCAUGACCUAUUUCUUUCCCACUGAGAGAGGCGGCAAGAUCUACUAUGAUGGCAUGGGCCAGGACUUGGCUGAUAUCCGGGGCUCCCUAGAGCUGGCCAUGACUCACCCCGAGUUCUACUGGUAUGUGGACGAGGGCCUCUCCGCAGAAAACCUCAAGAGCUCCCUCCUGCGCAGCGAGAUCCUGUUUGGAGCACCCCUGCCCAACUACUACUCGGUGGACGAUCGCUGGGAGGAGCAGCGGGCCAAGUUUCAGAGCUUUGUGGUCACCUACGUGGCCAUGCUGGCCAAGCAGUCUACUAGCAAAGUCCAGGUUCUGUACGGGGGGACGGACCUCUUUGAUUAUGAGGUGCGCAGGACCUUCAACAAUGACAUGCUCCUGGCCUUCAUCAGCAGCAGCUGCAUUGCGGCCCUCGUCUACAUUCUCACCUCCUGCUCUGUGUUCCUGUCCUUUUUCGGGAUUGCCAGCAUUGGCCUCAGCUGCCUGGUGGCACUCUUCCUGUACCACGUGGUCUUCGGCAUCCAGUACCUGGGCAUCCUCAAUGGGGUGGCUGCCUUCGUGAUAGUGGGCAUCGGUGUGGACGAUGUCUUUGUGUUCGUCAACACCUACCGCCAGGCCAGCCACCUGGAGGACCCACAGCUGCGGAUGAUCCACACCAUCCAGACAGCCGGCAAGGCCACGUUCUUCACCUCCCUGACCACGGCCGCUGCCUACGCAGCUAAUGUUUUUUCCCAGAUCCCAGCCGUCCAUGACUUUGGCCUGUUCAUGUCUCUCAUCGUGUCCUGCUGCUGGUUGGCUGUGCUGUUCACCAUGCCAGCUGCCCUGGGCAUCUGGAGCCUUUACAUGGCACCGCUGGAGAGUGCCUGCCAGACCAGCUGCCACCAGAAGUGUGGCCACAAGAGCUCCCUGCACUUUCCUGGGGACGUUUUUGCCACCCCGCAGCGGGCUGGGGACAGCCCUGCCCAGGGCCCCAUGCCCUACCUGGACGAUGACAUUCCCUUGCUGAACGUUGAAGAGGAGCCAGUGUCACUGGAGCUAGGAGAUGUGUCCCUGGUGUCUGUGCCCCCCGAGAGCCUCCAGCCAGCCCCCGACCAGGGCAGCCGUGGCCGGCUCAUUGCCCAGCUGCAGAAGCUGCUGCACCGCUGGGCCCUGUGGUCCGCUGUCAAGAGCCGCUGGGUGAUUGUCGGGCUCUUCAUCUCUGUCCUCAUCCUGUCCCUGGUCUUCGUCAGCCGGCUCCGCCCUGCCAGCCGGGCCCCCCUGCUCUUCCGGCCCGACACCAACAUCCAGGUGCUGCUGGACCUCAAGUACAACCUGAGUGCCGAGGGCAUAUCCUGUAUCACCUGCUCAGGUCUGUUCCAGGAGAAGCCCCACAGCCUGCAGAACAACAUCCGGACGUCUCUGGAGAAGAAGAAGCGGGGCUCAGGGGUUUCCUGGGCCGGCCGGCCUGAGGCCACCCCACAGGAUUCCCCAGGCACCGUGUAUGUCUCCAAGGUGAAGAGUAAAGGCCACCCGGCUGUGUACAGGUUCUCCCUCAACGCCAGCCUACCCGCCCCUUGGCAGAUCGUGUCCCCUGGGGACGGGGAGGUGCCUUCCUUCCAGGUGUAUAGAGCGCCUUUGGGUAACUUCACCAAGAAGCUCACCGCUUGUAUGUCUACAGUAGGGCUGCUCCAGCCGGCGAGCCCCUCCCGCAAGUGGAUGGUGACGACCUUGGGCUGCGAUGCCAAGCGGGGCUGGAAGUUUGACUUCAGCUUCUACGCGGCCGCCAAGGAGCAGCAGCACACGCGGAAAGUGUACUUUGCUCAGUCCCACAAGCCUCCUUUCCAUGGGCGCGUGUGCGUGGCGCCUCCUGGCUGCCUGCUCAGCUCCAGCCCCGACGGCCCGACCAAAGGCUUCUUCUAUGUGCCCAGUGAGAAAGUGCCCAAGGCCCGCCUCUCGGCCACCUUCGGCUUCAACCCCUGCGUGAACACGGGCUGCGGGAAGCCAGCCGUGCGGCCGCUGGUGGAUACAGGGGCCAUGGUCUUCGUGGUCUUUGGCAUUAUUGGUAUCAACCGCACACGGCAGGUGGACAACCAUGUCAUCGGAGACCCGGGCAGUGUCGUCUAUGACAGCAGCUUUGAUCUCUUCAAAGAAAUUGGGCACCUGUGUCGCCUCUGCAAGGCCAUCGCGGGGAACUCGGAGCUGGUGAAGCCAGGCGGGGCCCAGUGUCUGCCCUCAGGCUACAGCACCUCAUCCUUCCUGCAGAUGCUGCAUCCUGAGUGCAAGGAGCUACCUGAGCCCAACCUGCUCCCAGGGCAGCUGUCUCAUGGGGCAGUGGGCGUUAAGGAGGGCCGGGUACAGUGGAUCUCCAUGGCCUUCGAGUCGACCACGUACAAGGGCAAGUCCUCCUUCCAGACGUACUCGGACUACCUGCGCUGGGAGAGCUUCCUGCAGCAGCAGCUACAGACGUUCCCUGAGGGCUCAGCCCUGCGCCGAGGGUUCCAGACGUGUGAGCACUGGAAACAGAUCUUCAUGGAGAUCAUAGGGGUGCAGAGUGCCCUGUACGGCCUGGCCCUGUCCUUGCUCAUCUGCGUGGCUGCAGUGGCCGUGUUCACCACCCACGUGCUCCUCCUCCUGCCCGUGCUCCUGAGCAUCCUGGGCAUCGUCUGCCUCGUGGUGACCAUCAUGUACUGGAGCGGCUGGGAGAUGGGGGCCGUGGAAGCCAUCUCCCUGUCCAUCCUCGUCGGCUCGUCUGUGGACUACUGUGUCCAUCUGGUGGAGGGCUACUUGCUGGCCGGAGAGCACUUGCCCCCCCACCAGGCUGAGGAUGCCCACUCGCAGCGCCAGUGGCGGACCCUGGAGGCCGUGCGGCACGUGGGAGUGGCCAUCGUGUCCAGCGCCCUGACCACGGUCAUCGCCACGGUGCCCCUCUUCUUCUGCAUCAUCGCCCCAUUUGCCAAGUUUGGCAAGAUCGUCGCGCUCAACACGGGGGUGUCCAUCCUCUACACGCUCACGGUCAGCACGGCCCUGCUUGGCAUCAUGGCACCCGGCUCCUUCACCCGGACCAGGACUUCCUUCCUCAAAGCCCUGGGCGCUGUGCUCCUGGCAGGGGCCCUGGGGCUGGCUGCCUGCCUCGUGCUCCUCCGGAGCGGCUAUAAGAUUCCCCUGCCCGCCGGGGCCUCCCUAUAGCCCUGGCACUUGGGGUCCUGACCAGCGCACCUUUUGUCCGGCGGGUGUGGGACGAGGUACUUGUUCUGACUCCAGAGGCACGUUAUUUCCCGGCUCGGCUCUAACUAGUUCUGUUCCCAGGCCUGGGCCGGGAAAGGCACCCCAUCGCUCAGUGUGGGAGUGGACGCCUGCCCGCGCGGCCCGCACUGCCUUCAUGACGGCACCCAGCCAGAGCUGGGUGGGAAGCCGGCCACCACCCCCUUCUGCUGGGCGGCCAGCAGCUGUGUCAGGUACCCCCGACAGCCCAGAGUCCAGCCCCCCUCCAUGCCGGCUCACCACAGGGACUUCCCCCUUGUACUGCCUCAGUGCUGAUGACAGCUCUCCCACAAGCUCUCCCACAGGGCUGUUACGGGGUCCCCAUUCUACAGAUGUGAACACUGAGGCGCCAGGAGGCAAACUGAUUGACAUGUAGAAGGCUCGGUGGCAGAGCCCAACUGCCUCCUGAGCCCUGUGCCUUGGUCAGAGAAUUUGCAGGAAGAGCACAGUGGGUUCAAGGGCAGGGGCCUUGCACCCCUCUGCCCCUUCUUCCCCUCCCCACCGGCUUCGUGGAGGCCAAUGCUGGGUGGUCUUGUGGUCCCUCCCAGGCCUUUUGGUCCUAGCCAGAGAGCACAAGAGACCGGCCUGGGUUCUGCACGUCCUACCCCUGGCCCUGGCCUCAAGGGGCUCCUUCUCCCCAGGGGUGCUGUGGGUUCCCCAAUCCAGCCUUCCUCACUGAUCCAAGCCCCCAUCUCCCCUACUCGACUCUGGGGGUUGGAAUUGGGGGAGGCAGUCCCUGGGUCGGGGGCUGGCUGUGCCUGCCACCAGCUCACAGCAGAUGGUUCCUAUUCAAGUGAAAUGACACUGCGGACUGCCGCCAUUAACACGAGCAUCGUAAGCGUCACGGGCUGCACGUCCUUCACGUUGUAGUAACGAGUACUCUCAGGCUGCUUGGCCAGAGCCCAGCACGGGGGUGGGGGGUGGAGGCUGGAGGGAGAUGGAGGUGGGUGGAGGGUGCCAGACUCCCCAGGGACCGAGGCCCCACAGUACUCUGCGGGCCCAGGUUGAGGUUGGAAGCCUCAGUAGCACUGUGGGAAUGGGGCUCCGUAGAUGAAACUUCUUUUUUUUUUUUUUUUUACGAUUUCAUUUAU